AUGAGUGCUUCGAGUGCUGCCAUCUACCCUCACUCCCUGUCCCUUCCUCCUCCUGCUCCAUCCCUUCUCAUCCCCACCCGCCCUCCCUCCCAUAACCCCGUCCCUCCCCCUCCCGUCCCGAAACGCCCCUCUCUCAUGGAGCAGGCCCAGCUGGCAAUAGUGCCACGUGCCACGGUGGCAUUCGCCAGCGAGCCCAGCAGCAGCCCACCCCAGUCCGCCCGUGCAGCACCCCCUCCUCCCAGCAGGCGGGCGGACGACAGCAACGAGGAGCCGCAGGAGGAGCAGGAGGGCGAGCCUCCCCCAGCAUCCUUCAUGACCGCAGCGGCGGCCUCUCCCCUGCGCACCAUUCACCGUCCCCUGCCUUUACUCCUCUCUCCCCUGCGCACCAUUCACCGUCCCCUGCCUUUACUCCUCUCUCCCCUGCGCACCAUUCACCGUCCCCUGCCUUUACUCCUCUCUCCCCUCCGCACCAUUCACCGUCCCCUGCCUUUACUCCUCUCUUCCCCCCACCCCCUUUUCCCCACUUCGCCCCAGGCCCGUGCAGUGAAGGAGGAUGACCGCCCCCAGUGGGCGAGGAGCAGGUGGUGCAGCAGAGGCGUGUCGCCCCAAGGCCAGUCUCCUCACCCCACUCCGCUCGUCCGCCUCUUCCAGCCACCCCAAGUGGACGAGGCCCACCCGCUGCCAGCAUUCUUUGUAGUGACAGCACACGACACGCUCCUACCCUUCCCUCUCCUCCAUCUCCCCUCUAGUUCCCCCUCUUUCUUCUUUACCUUCCUCCCCCAACCCCCACUUCCCACAGCCGCCCCGAGUGGACGAGGAUCAGCUGGUGCCGCCAUCAUUCGUCAUGGCUGGAAAGAACACCCGUCUCCACGCCGCCGCCUCUUUCCUCUCUCUCAUCCCCCCAUCUCUACUCCCCUUCCCCGCCUCUCCCUUACUCCCCCCCAUCAACCCUCGCUGCUCCCAGCCGCCCCCAGUGGGCGAAGAUCAGCUUCAGUGUACGAGCGUCGUUUGAGUGGCAGCACACGACACUCCUCAAAGCACCACUGCACCCUCUCAUACCGUCACUCCUCGCAUUUCCUCCCAUCCUUUCACUUGCCCAGCCGCCUUAAGUGGACGAGGAUCAGCUGGUACCGGCGUCCUUGGUGGUGGCAGCAGAGGACAGCAUCUCCACGCCGCCUCCGCCAUCACUCCCAUCUUUCCCCUCUCUCCCCUUCAUUGGCCCCACCCGCCUCAAGUGGACGAGGAUCAGCCGCCUCUCAUACCGUCACUUCUCCUCGCAUUCCCCCCCGUCCCUUCGCUCCUGCCCAGCCGCCCGAGGUGGACGAGGAGCAGCUGGUGCCAGCAUCCUUCGUCGUGGCAGCGGAGGACACGCGGCUCGAUGCCGCCGCCCUGCAGCUGUUCCAGCGGGCAGCGCGCACGGCGGGGCGGGCGGGGCGGUCGAAGAAUAAGAUCUACUCGGAGGAGCGCGGGCGAUACGUGAAGGCGCUGCUGCCCAAAGGGAAGGUGCGUGCUGCCCAAGGGCAAGGUGCGCUGCUGCUGGGGGGGUUCUGGUGGGGGGGUGCUGCAGGACGUGGUGAUUCAGUGAAAAGGAAGGUGGAAUUGGUGUGGGUUGCGAGAAGGCGAUUUGUGAAGGCACGUGCUCGUGCCAUGCAAGGAGUGUGA